UAGAGCUCUUCUCACAAAGAGGUAGAAAUAAACGUAGCGGUUUUAUUUUCCUGAGUCAUUUUUGGAAACAAGUUUUGAUUCCAGUUCCUGACUUUAUUGGAGAAAUAUUUGAGUAUUAUUGUUGUUGGACUGGAUUGAAUCGAGUCUAAUCGCUAUGUUCCGAAAUCAGUAUGACAAUGACGUUACUGUAUGGAGCCCACAGGGUCGUAUCCAUCAAAUUGAGUAUGCUAUGGAAGCUGUGAAACAAGGCUCAGCUACUGUUGGACUCAAAUCAAAAAAUCACGCUGUUUUAGUUGCACUAAAGCGUGCCCCAUCAGAGCUAUCUGCUCACCAAAAGAAGAUAAUUCCAAUAGAUGAUCAUGUUGGCAUCUCCAUUGCUGGCCUUACAGCUGAUGCACGUUUGAUCAGUAACUUCAUGAGGACUGAGUGCUUGAAUUCAAGAUAUGCUUAUGAUGAACCGUUACCUAUUUCUCGUUUGGUCUGCAUGAUAGGAAACAAAUCUCAAAUCCCCACUCAACGGUAUGGCCGGAGACCAUUUGGGGUUGGAUUGCUUGUUGCUGGUUAUGAUGGCAUGGGGCCUCACAUUUAUCAGACAUGUCCUUCAGCAAACUAUUACGACUGCAAGUGUAUGGCCAUAGGAGCACGGUCUCAGUCUGCCAGAACCUAUUUGGAAAAACACCUGAAAGAUUUCUCAGACUGUUCAGUAAAUGAACUGGUACGACAUGGCUUGAGAGCUCUCCGUGAUACUUUACCUCAAGACGUAGAACUAACUAAUAAGAAUUGUUCCUUGUCUGUUGUUGGUGAAGACACAAAAUUUACCAUUUAUGAUAAUGAGGAUGUUAAUGAAUUUUUGCAAUUGAUUGAGAGGGAUGAACGCUCUCGAGCACCUCCUGCUAAAUCAGAUGAGACCCCCAUGGAACAAGAUACUGCACCUGCGUCUUCGGAUGGGGCUACUGACCAGCCACCUGCUGAAGAGGGGCCACAGCCAGAUGUUGCCAUGGACCCAGAAUAAUCACUUCAUUCUUUUAGAUUGAUUCAUCACAUAUUUCUGAUUUUUUUUUUUUUUUCAAACUUGAAGAUUUUUUUCUCCAGCAUUCUUCAAUUCACGUUUUGUCCAGCGUCUUACAUUUUAGGCUGUUUGGAGCAUAUGUAAUAAUAAUAAUAAUAAUUACGUAAUAAUAUCAUUACUUUAAAAAAA